CUAGGCGCGGGCGAUCCCAGUACCUGUUGUCUGAGGAGAAGCUGUCUCUUCAGGGCGACAACCAGCUCUUACCCCUCCGCUUUAGAAUCUAACUUGAACCUCACCCUCAACACAAACAAAAAUGCCACAGUGUAAUGGGGGGCAACGACGAUCUGAGCGGGAAUAAGAAUCCUGAUACCUCAGCAGUAGGGUUAGCUGAGGAGAAAUUCCCUCCUGGUAGGAUUCUUGAUGUGGAAGAGAGGCUAGAAAGCCACUAUACAGUACUUUCUGAGGAGAGUUAAGGAUAUUUAACUGUGCGAUAUGUCAGGUCUUCAUUGCUGUCCUUGAGAGAAAUUGGUGAGGCGAGAGAGCAAAAAUACAGAUCCUUCAAAGUUGUUGUCUUUGGUUUCUCAAGGGGGAAUUAGGCAUUUUCGGUUCCAAACCUUGACACCCUCUGAGGGGCAAUGGUGUGGGGAUCUGGGAGUUUUACGGAGAUGUGCUCCUUUAAGUACAACAAUGCUAGUUUGAGGUCGGUACCAGUUUGGGAAAUGUGUGCGUCUGUGGUAGGAAGAAUAUAAAAGAUAUCAGCAGUCCCCGAAAGAUUCUUUUGGUGAUAAGUGGCCAUGGUAAGUGGCCAUGUCUGUGCUCUCUUGCACUCUCUGAAUCAGGAGGUUUUAGUUCACCAUUAAUUUCUUUAUAAGAUUCUGUACAAAGUUUAGUUCAGGCAGGUACUAUUAGAUGCGACAGUAAAUACCUUGUUACAUGUAUAAUGGUCAGUAAGGGUAGCUGGAAUCUUUAUUGUUUCUUUUUCUUUCUUGUUAAAAAGUUUUGUUUCAGAUCAUGCCUGUUGAGCACAAAAAGAGAUAAAAACCAGUACUAGUUAUCCAGGCAUGAAAAUAAGCAGGAGUACACAUGCCAUUAGACAUACAGGCUGAAGAAAAUUAGACUCAGGCUUAAAGAAGCUUUAAAUAUAGGCUUUUCUUUUUUUUUUUUUUAAUGUCUUUUAGGCUCUGGAGUGUGUGUUAGAGGACAACUCUAAGGUUUACCUUUGUUCUUUUAGACCCAGGAUUCCAGACAUAAUAUAAGGAGGGAACAGUUUUAUUGUUUGUAAAUUUUGAGCACAUUCUAAAUGGGGUAGAGGAGGAUUAAAGUUUUUUGAGAAAUGUUGCAAGACUGAAUUAUUUAGCUAGAGCAAUUCUCAAACUUUUUGGUCUCAGAACCUUUUUGUCCUCCUAAAAAUUGUGGAGGACUCCAGAAAGCUUUUGUUUAUAUGGUUUAUAACUAUUCGUAUUGAAAUACUAGAAAUUAAAAUAGAAAAUUUAAAAAUAUUUACUUAAUAAUUAAUUUAAAAAUAACAAUCAUAAGCCCAUUAACCAAAAAGGAACCAAACCUGUUGCUAUCGAGUUGAUUCUGACUCAUAGCGACCCUAUAGGACAGAGUAGUGCUGCCCCAUAGGGUUUCCAAGGAGCAACUGCUGGAUUCGAACUGCUGGCCUUUUGGUUAGCUGCCUGGGGUUGUAACCACUGCACCACCAGGGCUCCGUAAACCCAUUACAUGUUACCAUAAUUAACAUUUUUAAUGAAAAAUACAUUUUCCAAAACAAAAGAAAAUUUAGUUUGAAGAAUGGCAUUGUUUUAUAUUUUUGCAAAUCUCUUUUGUGUCUGCCUUAUUAGAAGACAGCUGGAUUCUCAUGUUUCCGUAUUCAACCUGACAUCUUGUUUUGGUUGAAGUAUAUGAGAAAAUCCAACCUAACACAGAUAUAUAACUGGAAAAGGGAGGAGUCUCCCAGGGGUCUUUGGACCGUACUUUGAGAACCGCCACGCUAGGUGAUUUCAUUUAGAAAUGAAUGUGAUAAUUUUUAGUGUUCUAAGUGAAAGAAAGCUGUUUCUAGUUUUUGGAGAGCCUCAUUCACCCUUCUUUUAUUAUUUCUUUGUAAGUUCUUUCCCCCUGCUUAUUCACCCUCUUUUAUAUGUCGAGUGGGUGAGAUUGUGUUUAUGGAACUAUCCUGGUUCUUUUACUUUCUUACAUAAAGCCUUGUUGAAUUUUUUUGUUUCCUCACCUUUUCAUCUAAGGUGAGAAAACAAAUUAAAACCUCAAAUGUUAUUCCGGAGUCUAGUGCCUACAGUCAUUUUGUAUAUUUGUCAACUGUCUAUUUUUUCUCUCUCUCUCUAUUAGCUUUUAAUAUUCGUUAUUGUGGAAGAAUUCGUCUGAAACAGAGGAACAGUGUCAGAAAGUGACUCUCUGGCUUUCCAUUCUCUUUGGAUCAGGUUAGAGCUUUUCUUUAAAAGUAAUGUUCUUCAUCAUACCCCCAAUCUAGAUUAAGGGGUAGUGCAAAUGGUUAAUGCAGUAAGCUGCUAACCAAAAAGUUGGAAAUUUGAAUCCACCCCGAGGUGCCUUGGAAGAAAGGCCUGGCAAUUACUUCUGGAAAACCAGCCAUUGGAAACCCUAUGGAACACAGUUCUACUCUGAUACACAUGGGGUCGCUGUGAGUUAGAAUCAACUCAAGGACAACUUUUUUUUUUUUUUCGGUAUAAGAAACAAAAUGUUUAUUGCAAGGAUUCAGAAGAAUCUCACAGAGACCAAAAGAAAGAGACUGAAGUGUAGUUGACCUCAAGAGAGCAGAGACCAGGGACUGGGAGCCAAAAGUGUACAUUCACUCUUAUUUCCUCUCAUUCUGUCCCUCUUCUGUCUCUCAUCCUCUCUUCCCGCAUGCUCCAUUCUCCUUUGCAGUUUGUCUUUCUGCCUGUUCACUUACACGUGCAUGUAUGGCUCCAUCUCUUCUGACCCUGCAUGAUCUACUUGACCACACUGCUCUUCACCUGUUGCCUGGAGUUCCCAACAAUAAUAACUCUAGUAUUCAAUUUUGCAAAUUCUAAAUUCCCAACAAAGUACUCUAAUUAGUUGUACUCAUGUUUUCAAUGAGUUGCCCUUGGGUCAGGUGUAGACACCCCAUCUGAUCAGGUAAGGCCACAUGGGAGUGAGGUCACAUGGAAUCUAACAGGUGACCAAAAGAAACUGAAAUGCCAUUAACAUUUCUUGUACAGUGAGAAGAAGGAUUAGAGAGAGAAUAGAGAUGAAAUAAAAACAGCAAACUAGCUGAUAAAAUAAAUCUGCCUGUAGUCUCUGUAUAGCCAACCCUCUAUAGAUUUUCUAAAUCUAAGAAAUUGGAUGUCCUCAAGGGCAACUUGUUAUUAUUUUUUUAAUUAUACAUCACUUCUUAUAGAUUUACUACAUCUUAUUAAUUCAACAACGAUCCAUAAUUUUAUCUAGUUCGUUGGGGCUCCAGAAGCACACUUUAGCCUAGAUAGGUCUGUACAGGAUUAGAUAAGAUUUUGAGCCUAAAUAUUGGAAAGUUUUGCAUUUUAGGUUGAUUAAAAUACUCUUUUUUUAUUUUACUUAAAGAAUUUAAAAUUUAAAAAGUCAUUUUUUGAAGUGGUAAUGUAUGUAUGUUAUAAAAUGCCAAAGAUACUUAGGGGACACAGUGAAAAGUUUCCUUCUACUCUGUCCCCAGCCACCCAGUUCCACUCCCCAGAGGCACUUUUAACAGUUUCUCAUGUAUUCUUCCAGUGAUAGCGUAUAGAUAUGCAAGUGUAUUGCAUAGGUAUAUAUUUAAAAAAUCAAAUAUUAUAAUCUCAAGCAUACUAAUUUUCAUUUUGCUUUUCCCAGUAUAGCUCUUCUAAUUUAGAUUACCUUCACAGGGGCUUCUUUUUCUUGGAAUUCUGGAGUCCAGGAUAAGAUAUGUUUGUCAUUUGUGGAGGAGCCCUGGUGGCACAGUGAUUAAAGCACUCAGCUGCUAACUGAAAGGUUGGAGGUUCAAACCCACCCAGCCACUCUACAGGAGGAAGAUGUGGCAGCCAUAAAGAAAUACAGCCUUUGAAACCCUAUGGUGGUAGUUUUUCUCUGUCAUGUAGGGUUACUAUGAGUCAGAAUUGACGGCAAUGGGUUUAGUUUGAUUUUUUGCUUACUUGUGGUCAAAUUAAUAUGCAUCUUGCAGCCCUAAUUUUAUUCAGGUUCUAGGAUUAUAUGGAAUGUAUAUAUGAGGGUUUAUAUUAUAAUAUUUAAGAUUAUAAUAAAGAAGGAGAAAAAUUUGCUGCAGUGUUUCUCUCCUAAUUUCCUACUUGUCUUUUCUGGAACAAAUACUUUUGGGGCUUGGUGGUGAUGAAUUAAGAUGGAAAUAGUGAGAAAAUGUGCUCCUUAAUAGAAAGGAAAAGUAGUUGCUGCACAACAGCACAUCUGAAUUGUUCACGUUUAUAGAAUUUUUUUUUUUUUUUAUAGAAGUAUGAAACGGAACAGAAAAAUGACAAAGGAUAAUUACUUUUAAAAACACCUUCAGCCAUGCUAUGGCCGCACUAAGUCAAACCCUUAACAGCUUUUGAGUUCACCUUGGGAUGUAGAGAGAGGAAUCCUUACCUUGAACAAGGGGAUCCAUUUUAUGCUGCUUUUGAGUCUCUUUGGUGGGAGAUGGUAGAGUUGGAAGAGUGAGUUUCCGGUACAGGGACUUCAAAAUGUUCAAAAUCAACAGCCAGUAAUAAGAUCAUUGAGAAGAAUAGAAGAGUUAUUAGUAGAAUUUAGAGGCACAAGGCCUGGGGUCAUGUUGACUCUACCAUGGUUACCAGGCUUGCUUUGGGCAAGCCAUGUAACCUCUUCUGUAAAAAAGAGGUAGUGGAACUUUAUGACCUCUAGAUGCUCUCCUAGAGCUACAAUGCUCCUUGUAAUUCUUAGAAAACUAAGAAUGGUUUAUAUGUUCUAAGCCUAAAGAAAACCAGGUAGAAGGUCUAUAAGAAGUUCAGGUUGGUAAAACAAAAGGUAUUUAUCUUCUCACAACUGGGUAGAGUUAUCAGUAGUGGGAAAGUGUAAAUGGGAAAAAUGUGCAAAUUACUGGAGCUUCCCAGGACUCAUCUUAGGACCCUGUAGUGCCAUGAAUGACUUAUAGCUGUGCGGAGCUAGAACUCUUCAGCCUUUGGUGUGGUUUGAGGCCCUCUACUGCUACCUUUCAGUUGCCUAUGACUGUGAGCAGCCUGGUCCUUUUACAUUACAAAUAUCAUAUUCUGUGUGUGUUUCCAAUGUGUACUUUUAAUGAAUGCUUUCUGUGUGUGCUGUAAUAUGAAAAUGAUUGUGAAGCACUGAAUUAGACUGUUGGGAUGCAGUGUAAUAUAGUUAAUAGCACAAACUUCAAAAUCAGAGGAACCCUAGUCCUGGUCAUUUAUUAGUUACUUAAUAUCUCUAAGCCUCAGUUUCCCCAAGUGUAAGAUGUUAUCUAUCUCAUAGAUUUAUUGUAAAAAUUAGAUGAUAUAAUGUAUUUUUUUCAAAUAAUGUGUCCACGUAAAUUACGUGUCCACACAUAUAACGCACAUAGCGUGCCUAGGAAAAUAAUACGUGAGGGGGUUGCAUGGUUGGCACACACACACACAUGCAAGUGUAACGUGUACAUUAUUUGUGUAAAAUAUGUAAAGGGUAAAGCAUAUAGUCAGUGCUCAAUAAAUGUUAGCUGUUACUAUUAGUUGCACUAUCGGUAGUAUUUGAAAAAAAACAUAUUGGUGUACUAUAGAGCAUCUGUGAACAGAUUACUGCAGAUGAACUGUGAAUAUCAAGUAAAGGUGCUAAAUUCUUACUGCUAGUUUCUCUGGGGACCUCUACUGGUUACCAGACAUUGUAGAGCCGUGAAUACAGAUGGCUAGAAUCCAGCACAUUGGGAAAUUUAUUGGACUUGAAGAUCUAAGUUAAAGGGAAAACCUACAUUAUAAUGUUCUCUGUAUGCAUAGAGACCUCUGAAUUAGGUCGGAGAUUUGCCAAAUUAUUUGUGUCCAAGUAUUUAGGAGAACCGUGUAAAAUGAGGUCAUCCCUCAAAGAAAACUCUCACUAUUUAACUCCUAAAAAAAAUAUAGGACUGUCAAAACUCUACUAUCAUUGCUUUACUACUACCUAUUCAUCCAUCACUACUAUUACUACUUCUGCCUAUGAGUGCCUAUCUCACUUUGGACACGGUUCUAGGCACUUAAAACACUAAGGACCAUUGCUAAUUUUUAAAAUAGUAACUCUAUUUCCUGGUGUGUAGUUGGCAUUGCUGAAGAAGUAGGAGUCUAGUCUACCUAGACUAGAAGGCAGAAAAUGUAGCUCAGGGAUCCUAGUCAAGGAGAUCCUGAGUUCCAGAACAUAAGGGGAGAAGAAAGCUUAAAAUUAUGUUUAAUCAGUCAAAGCAUUUAAUUUCUUUCUUCUAACAGAGGCAAAAGAAGAGCCUUAGGGCUGAAAGAUGACAACAUUACAGAAUAAAGAAGAAUGUGGGAAGGAACCAAGGAAAACCUUUGCCCCACCUACACAAAAAUUGUGUAGACUGAUGCCCUCUAGCCCUAACUCACUCAAGGUGGACACCCUGAGGAUCAGUUCACCAGAGGUAGAGAGCAAUCCAAGCCUGCCAAAGGCCAGGUUGGAGAAGAAGAAUGAGAAAGCAACCACAGAGAAUGGUCAAGGCAGUGACCAAGAGAAGAAAGGAAAGGAUCAAUACAACAAGCAACCAAAGAAGAAAGCAGAAAAGGAAAGAGGAAGUCUUACCAAUGCAGAAUUUGAAGAGAUUGUCCAGAUUGUGCUACGGAAGUCCCUACAGGAGUGCUUGGGAUCUGGCCUUGGUUUGGCAGAAACAGCCUGUGCCCAGCCCAUAGCAUGUACCCAAUCAGACAAGGAACCAGAGAUUGCCUCUGUGACUGUGGAUAAUGAUAAUGCUGAGGGAGAAAGGCUUAUUGUACCUCAUACUCCAGAGAUUUCAGCAUCUCAGGAAAAUGGAGUUGUCCGUGAGAUAAAUGCAUCUAAGCCAGGCCAGCCAGAUCCCCCACCUUCUGAGAAGAAAUUCGAUAAACUCUCAUUAAACAAAAGAAAGAAGGAAGCUCGAAAUGAAGAACUGGAGAAAUUCCGAGGUGAACAUGAGCACAGACAGAAAGACCAACCAAAGAAAACAGUUCAGAAUCAUUCUCAGAUCAGGGACCAGCAAAAAAGAGAGGGAGGUGGUUUUGGUCAAUGUCUAGUCUGGGUCCAGUGUUCUUCCCCAAACUGUGAGAAAUGGAGGCGGCUGCAUAGGAAUAUUGACCCCUCUGCUCUUCCAGAUAAUUGGUCCUGUGACCAGAAUACAGAUUUGGAGUAUAAUAGCUGUGAUAUUCCUGAGGAGACCUGGACAGGUCAUGAGAGUGAUGUGGCUUAUGCCUCCUACAUCCCAGGAUCCAUCAUCUGGGCCAAGCAAUAUGGUUACCCCUGGUGGCCAGGCAUGGUAGAAUCUGAUCCUGACCUGGGGGAAUAUUUUCUUUUUGCUUCUCAUCUUGAUUCUCUGCCGUCUAAGUACCACGUGACAUUUUUUGGAGAAACAGUUUCUCGUGCUUGGAUCCCAGUCAACAUGCUAAAGAACUUUCAGGAGCUGUCCCUGGAGCUAGCUGGAGUGAAAAAGUGCAGGAACAAGGACUGCAGACAGAAACUGGGGGCAGCCCUAAUGAUGGCUCAAGCGGCAGAACAGAUCAGCAUUCAGGAGCGGGUUAACUUAUUUGGUUUCCGCAGCCGGUACAACAGAUUUGACAGUACUGGGGAAGGAAAAGACUUAAUGCUUUCUGCGCCUAACAGCCCAGAUUCCUGCUUGGAGAAAGAAGAGGAAGUGGAGUCAGAGAUGGAAGAGGAGGAAGAAAACAAAGAUCCAACUUUGCAUGGUCCCAAGCCAGCCAAAAUACAGAAAAAAAAACCCAAACCAAGAGGUAUGGGGGGUAAUACAGGCCUAGCAGAUGGACGAUUUGGGACCCUGCAAAAGAAGACAAAGAGAUCUCUGGGAGAUGAAUCCACAGCUCCUCCUGUGCUCAUAAUGGCAAGGAAAGAAGGCCAAGGGAAUUCAGAUCCUCACCAACCAAGCUCUAAGAAAAAAUUUAAAGCUCCCCAAAGCAAGUCUUUGGUAACCAGCUUGUCUAAAGAAAGAGAAGCUAGAAUGGUGCCCAAGGGCCUGGCCCCACCCACUCCUAGUGAGGUCCACCCCAUGGUGGAGAAAGAAGGUCCUGGGUACAUGGAACCACUGCUUCGGGAUGCUGGAAGUGUCCUUCCUGAAGAUGAAGCUUCCAGUGACCUGGACCUGGAGCAACUCCUGGAAGAUAUUGGACAUGAGCCUGAGCUGAGAGAGCAGUCACAGUGUAGAGGUGAAGAAGAGGACUUCACCAUGACCUUAUUUGAGGAAUAACUGAGUGACCUUGCCCUUCUUUCUGUUCUCUCCCGCCCCUUGCCUAGAGUGCAGGAGGGAGAGCCUCUCAGUGGGGUCCCUGAGAAGUUUAGUGGUGUUAAUUGGCUACAAAGUUAAAGUCAGAGUUGUAUAGUUCAUGUAUUAAUAAAACAGGUUACUGCUUUAGUUGGCCUCAUUUGUCUCUAACCACAUCCUUCCGUUUUGCUUCUUUGCCUCCUCCUCAGGGUCACUGUGGCACAUCACUGUUUUUGGUGGGAGACUGACCUACACAAUAUAGGAGGAAUCUGGGGGAAGGCAAUGACACCCGAGUCCUGGAAGAACAUUAAGAAGGGUAUGCUGGGUUCAAAUCCUGGCUCAGCAACUUAGAAGCUAUAUGGUCUUAGGAAAUUACUUUAACCAUUCUUGUUCUUAGUUUUCAUGCCUCAAAAUGAAUACAUCACCUACUUAGAGGGUUGUUGAGAUGUUUAAGUGAUGUCAUACACGUAAAGCAAUUAACACCAUACAUGCUAGUUGUUAUUGUAAGGGAAGUAGCAUGGUUGGAUUAGGGGUACAGACCUGGGGUUCUGGACUGGCUACCAGUAUUUGGAAUUUAUUGUUCUCUGGCCUGAGACAGUCACUGAAAAAAAGUACUAGAGGAGGGGUCUUGGGUGUGGUAUCUAUUAUAAUUUUGCUGGGAGGGACAGAAGUUGAAGGUGAUGUCAGUUUUCUCCUUAGAUGCAUUCGGACAAAUUA